GGAAGAAAUUAGGUGAUACGGAUAUAGCAGUCCAAACAAUAACACUUUUAUUUAUCCCGAAAGGUGAUUCUAGGUGAAUUCUCGUCCUCCUCUUUCACUUCAAGACGGGUUAAUUACUGGAAACUCCGUUUCUCCUCUUGUAACAUCUACACUCCAGUCCAGCAGGUGGCAGUAAAGCAGCUAUGAACAGUCUCGCCAGCCGGUGAACAACCACAAAGAAGAAGAAGCGGUCAGAGGUGAAAGUUGACUUUAGUAAAAACAUGGUUGAACACGGGGAUAUCCGCGUGGUUCACCGAGGUGGCAGUAAAAUAAACUUCAGGGAGCCUGUCAUAACCCACGACUCUAGGUAUCUGCUAUGCGCCUCGGGAGAGUGCGUGAAGGUGUUCAGCACCUCCACAGAGGAGUGUAUCCACGACCUACGGGGACACACCGGCCUGGUGACGGGGGUGCUGCUCAAACCCUCCAACCACCUGCAGGUCUACUCUUGCUCAGCAGAUGGCACUGUCCGACUUUGGGACUAUACAGAUGGCAUCCUUAUUAAGACGUACGUCAUUGGAUACCCGGUUUACUCCAUCUGCGCAUCUGCAAACCAUGAAGGGGUCAUCUUUAUCGUUACUCCCAUGCUCAGUGACAAAAGAUCUGAUUUAUUCCAGCUGGUUGCGGUAGAUCUUCCACAGAGCGGCGAUCAGCUGGUGGAGGCCCGAGAGCUUUCUGCUGUGCUCAGCGACGUCAGCUCCAACCCAGCAGCCAUCGUCUUCGGCAGAGGGGGGGAGUAUAUUGCUUCAGCUAAUGGUUUGCAUCUGGAGGUCUACUUCUUCAAGAAGCAGAAGCCCUACAGGUUUUCCUUCAAAGAAGACAACAAGAAGGGAGGCAAGAACACAUUCAUGUGCGUCGCCUGUCAUCCAAAAGAUGACUGCAUUGCCACGGGGCAUGAAGACGGAAAGAUUCGCUUGUGGAGAAACUUCAACCACAAGAAGGAGUACACAUACUCCACCUUGCACUGGCACCACAGCGCGGUCAGCUCGCUGUGCUUCACCCCAGAAGGCACCAACCUGUUGAGUGGAGGCAUGGAGUCGGUGCUCGUCCAGUGGCGAUACAACCAAGAGAGCGAGCGGGACUUCCUGCCCCGCUUGGGUUCGGCCAUCACACACAUCACUGUUUCGCCUGACGGAGCGCUGUUCUGUACCUCACACAGUGACAACAAGAUUACGAUCAUCCAGAGUUGUGUUAAAGUGUCAGCUGUCAUUCAGGGCCUGGUCAAAGGAGAAAGCGUGAGGACAGACAUGAUGGUGGACCCACGCAGCAAAUCCCUGGUGCUGAACGGGAAACCAGGCCACCUGCAGUUUUACUCCCUCCAAAGAGACAAACUGCUGUACAACCUGGACAUAGUGCAGCAGGAGUACAUCCAUGAGUCAGGCCUGGAGCAGUUUGAGGUGGUCAAGGCGGCCUUUGAUGCCUCUGGCAGCUGGCUGGCAACAGUGGAAGAGAGAAAACAGAAAGACGCUGAGCUGGAGCUGAACUUAAAACUGUGGGCAUUUGAUGAACAAACACAGAGUUUUGUGCUGAACACGACCAUCUCGGCCCCCCACGAGGCGCGGAUUAUAGCCAUGUGCUUCUGCCACGCCACCGACAGCCAGACCACCAUGCUGGUCUCCACCAGCAAGGACGGACACUUCAAAGCCUGGCAGCUGGCCGCGCCAGCCCACACAGAGGCAGAUGAAGGUCCUUCCUGGUCGUGUGACUUCGUGGGUUCCUAUCACGGGCUGGUGCCUGAGUGCUGCUGUUUCUCAGCCGACGGAUCUUUGCUUGCCGUCAGCUUUCAGGAGGUGGUGACUGUGUGGAGCCCGGCUUCCUGGGAGCUCCUGACAACUCUUUCCCAGCCGCCAAAAGCUGUCAGGGAUCUUUGUUUUGGGCGACUGAGCUGUUCCAAGUAUCUGCUGGGAACCACGGCCAACAGCCUGCUCUGCUGCUGGAACCUCCUCACCUGCUCAUUGGAGUGGAGCACCUCGAUGGACAUCAGCCUGCUGCUGGCCGACCCCCUCACUGAGAACAUGGCUGCCUUCUGCUGCCAGGCCGGCUCCACCGACUUGUUUGUUUUUAAGCCCAGCGAGCCUCGGCCCGUGUUUUCCCAGAAGGCCGUGUGCUCAGGGAAGGUGACUCGCGCUGUCUUUGCCCCGAGGGAGGAGAUGCUGGAGAGCUGUGAAGAGAGCAGCCAGUGGCUCAACCACUCCCAGCUCUACUUCCUCACUCCGUACAUGGACCUCAUGACGUUCACCACUAAGGCGGAGGAAGACCGACUGAUGGCGUCCAGCAAACAGCUUGUAAUCGAUGACCGUGUCGCCAUGACACCGUUCUACCUGUUGCUGGGGAAACACCGGCAACAGGAAGAUCCCGACUCAGUGAGCGGCCUGUCUGCUGAGAGAAGGCCUCUGCCACAGUGCUCUGUUGCUAUCAAAGAGCUUCUGCAGACCCCGGCCCACGUCUUGCCCUCUACCUCUUUCCUCUGCUCUAUGUUUGUACAGUCCCUGCUCAUCUCCGUUACCGACGGCAGGGAGGAAACCAAACACGCCGAGGAGGAAAUGGAGAGCGAGAAAGAGGAAGAGGAUUCAGAAGGGGAAAUGGAAUCCAGCACCCAGAGGCAAGAGCAGGCGCCGCUGGGAGGCCAGGCAGCCCCCACUCUGACAAAGGCCCAGCAUAGGGAACUGAAAAGGGUGAAGAAACUGGACCACAGCUGGUUCGCACAUCUCUUGCACUCUUGAACAUGACCCUGUGCAAAGACGCUCUCACACACACACACACACACACACACACACACACACACACACACACACACACACACACACACACACACACAGUGCCUAUAGAAAGUUUUCAGCACAUCACUGGGUUUUAAGACAUGUUUUAUUGUGUUACGUCGUUCUAUCAGAAUGGAUUGCUUUUGGAAAGGAAAAAAAAAUCUCUAGGCAAUUACAAAACAGAAAAUAUUUGAUUGCACAAGUAUCCUCUCCUUUGGCAGCAGUUACAGCCUUGAGUCAACGUGGACAUGUUUGUAUCAGGUUACACAUUUGAACAAUAAAACAACUCCCCAAUUGUCCUCUGUAAAACUGCUCUGUUUGACGAGGAUCAUCUCUCAACAGCAGUCUAAGUCUUGCCAAAGACUCUGGACUACAUUGGUCUGGAUUCUGACUAAGACUAUUAACAUUAGUGUUUCGUGCCAUUCCUGCAUAGCUUUGAGUUUGGUUGCUGCACUUCCAGGCUUCUAUCACUACAUUUGCAACAUGUACGUUUUCCUCUCUCUCUUCUUUUGAUGCUGCCUAGACCAACACCAUACUUGCAAAUCCAAGCACGCAAAAGGCUCCGUAGGACUUCCACGUUUCUCAGCAACGUUGAAUCUUUUUUUUGAAAUGGUCAACCGCCCCCAUUUGUGACGCUCGCUCUCCAGCUAGAGCCAGUGCUCGCAAAUCACUUUUGUAAAACGGCUCCCUGUUACGUGCUGACUUCGGGACCUCCGAGUUGCUGCUGCAGAGAAGGAAUGGAUGCCACAACCAGACUUCAUGCAGGGGAUGGUGUGUUUUUACUGAUUUCCGGUUUAGUUUUCUGAUCAAAAAGCUCAAUUUUUGUCUUCAAAAGACCACAGAACCUUCUCUUAUUUCCUUUCAGUCUCACAUGCCUGCUGUUAAUAACUAGCGGAGUAUGUUAGGAGCUUUGACUUACACAGCUAUGGCCGUGCCAUACUGCUGUUCUUACUGAACUCUGAGGGAGAUUGGGCCCAUAGUAAAUGUUUUGUGUGUCCUUCCUCUGGCUUGUUCAUUUUUCAGUUUGCUUGUCACAGACUUGGCUGAAAACUUUCUUUGUCUUCCCCACCCUUUUCUUGUCUGACAUAAUUAUUGAUAAGAUUCAAUUCAAGAUGCAAUGCUCUAAUUUGGUGCAGUGUGCUCAUUAUAGCAAUUUAUAAUUUCUUCUUCAUAUCAGCGGAGCUAAUCCACCAUCGUCCCCUAGUAGGGGAAAUCCUAAAAUACACCUGGUCCUGCCACAUACAGCUUUAUUUAACUGCCAUGCCUUGACUAAACAACUGGCUGCACCAGUGUUGAUUUUGGUAUAUCAUAGUUAAAGGGAUACUUAUGCAAUCAUUUGUUUUGAUCCAUUUGUAGGGUGAAUUAUUAUUUUUUUUUUUUUAUUGCACAUGAAAUACUUUUUGUUGAAAAAAAAUAAACAGUAGAGCUCAGAUCCAUUGAUUCAUGUUUAAACCAGAAAAAGUCCAGCUGCGGGGUGAAAACUUUCUGUAUGCAUGCACAUAUGCAGUAUGUGCAAGUACCCAUUUUUCCAUACUUGAUGAAUGAAUUUAAUAAAAAAGAUGUAAGCCUUUCUUAAA